GCUCUACUAACUCCGAUCCACUCCAAAUUUCUGUGAAAACGGCUGCGUCUUGUACAUUUGUUGCUGCAUCUCCAUUGUCAUCACCGGUAUGCCUACCAUCGCCCUCAGCGAUGCCGAUGUCGCCAACCGAUACUUCUUCGCUGCCAGUACCGUCUCCCGAGCCGAGUGAUUCUGAUAAUAAAAGAAGAAAUAAUUUUCAGAGCAUUAUAUUAAAAACAUUUGAAAAAAUUGAAAAACAGCUGGAGAAAGUAAGUCAAGAAUCCAUUGAAAGCAACAAAGAAAUUAUGGACUUGACAAAAAAAAAAUGGUUGAAAACGACAACAAAAAAACCGCAAAGAUGGAAGAGUAUAUGAAAUACUCUAAGGAAACUAAUAAACGAUUACUGGAGUUUCUAAAUAAAUAAAAAUAAUAAAUUAAUAUAUUUUAUAUUUUGAAA